CUACACACCGGGAGACGGAGACCGCAACGGGGAUAGCCCGUCCUCAAUAGACUGGCUUGUUUGAUUGUUUCUUUGAGGUUUUCUUGCAUGCUACUCUUCAUAUGGCUGGCUCAGCCCAGUUGGAACUCGGUAAGUCGGUAGAAUGAGUUAAUUGAAGAGCCAAGUGGGACGAGUCAAGUUCGGGUUCAGACAAUCCGGAGGGAGCGAUCGUUCAUUUCGCGCCACCAAGUAUUUAGGGAUCUCGAUUUCGAUUAGGGUUUUGGGUGGUCCACUGGUCCGUCACUCUAUCUGUUUCAUCAACUAUUCGCUGCCGCCUUCUGCAGUGCUUACACUAACUAACAGAGAUGCUGGACAUCAAUCUCUUCCGAGAAGACAAGGGCCACGAUCCCGAACGGAUCCGUGAAUCGCAGCGCCGGCGAUACGCCAAUGUCGAGAUCGUCGACGAGAUCAUCCGCCUGGACAAGGAAUGGCGACAGCGUCAAUUCGAGCUUGAUAAUCUGCGGAAGGACUUCAACAAGAUUAAUAAGGAAGUUGCGCGCCUCAAAAUUGCCGGUGAAGAUGCGAGUGAAAUGAUAAAAAAUACGGAUGAGAACAAGCGGUUGACGGCAAAGAAAGAAGUCGAAGUUCAGGAGGCCAGAGCGGCCUUGUAUUCGAGAUUGGAAGUUGUCGGAAACCUUGUGCACGAUUCCGUUCCUAUUAGCGAUGACGAGGCGAAUAAUGCAGUAAUUCGAUCGUGGGGGGAGAAACGGGAAGAGCCUAAACUGAGAAAUCAUGUUGAACUUGUUGAACUUCUUGGAAUUGCAGACAUGAAGAAAGGUGCUAAUGUGGCUGGAGGAAGGGGUUACUAUUUGAAAGGGGCUGGUUUACUACUUAAUCAGGCAUUGAUUAACUUUGGCUUAACAUUUUUGGCAAACCGGAAAUACACACCAUUGCAGACUCCAUUUUUCAUGAAAAAGGAUAUCAUGGCAAAAUGCGCCCAACUAGCUCAGUUUGACGAAGAACUUUACAAGGUAACUGGUGAGGGAGAUGACAAGUAUCUAAUUGCUACAGCUGAGCAGCCACUGUGUGCUUAUCAUCUUGAUGACUGGAUACAUCCUUCAGAACUUCCCGUAAGAUAUGCAGGAUAUUCAACUUGUUUCCGUAAGGAAGCUGGUUCACAUGGUCGAGAUACACUAGGUAUUUUCCGUGUCCAUCAAUUUGAAAAAGUGGAACAAUUCUGCAUCACCAGCCCAAAUGGUAAUGAUUCAUGGGAAAUGCACGAGGAAAUGAUAAAAAACUCAGAGGACUUCUACAAGGAGUUGAAUAUUCCCUAUCAGGUUGUGGCAAUUGUUUCUGGUGCUUUGAAUGAUGCAGCCGCCAAGAAGUAUGAUUUGGAAGGAUGGUUUCCUGCAUCCAAGACAUAUAGAGAGCUGGUUUCCUGUUCGAACUGUACAGAUUACCAGUCGAGGAGAUUAGAGAUCCGAUAUGGGCAGAAAAAGAGCAACGAACAAGUAAAGCAGUAUGUUCACUUGUUGAACUCUACCCUUACAGCAACAGAGAGGACUAUUUGCUGUAUUCUCGAGAACAACCAGAAGGAAGAUGGUGUAGAGAUUCCAAAAGCCUUGCAACCCUUCAUGGGUGGCAUUACCUUUAUUCCUUUCCAAAUCAGUCCACUGACAGAAGCCAAGGGGAAGAAGUCCAAAAGCAAUGGAAAAUGAAACAGGAAGAGAUUCUGGCCCAGAUGACAGUUCAAUUUCUUUCUCCAUUUCAAAAAGGUGUUGCGAGGUUAAAAGAGAUUAAAUUAAAUGGUAAAAAGCCAAAAGGUGACAUGCCAACACAUUUAAAAUGUUGGUUCCAUGCUCUUAAACAUCAUUAAUCAAUAACUACUACAAGAUUGAUUUGAGAUGUUAGAAUUUUGAGAGAACUCCACCGAUGCCCAUACGAGAACUGUUGCGGGUGUUAAAAGGUGAUUAUUAAUGGAUUGGAUGGUAUCAAACGUACCAGUGAUCUCCUCUA